UUUUUGAGCAAUUUCAAUUUUUUUAUGUUAAUUAACGUUCUCAAUAAUAAUUGUUGUACCAACAAACACUUUCGCACUUUUUCUAAUUUUUCAAUCUGCAUUGUUGUUAUUGAUCACAAGGUUAAUUAACGUUUCUUUCAAGACCCGUUUUGAAAAAAAGUCACGCUUUUUUGUUAAAUAGAAACUUUCUUUCUUGAAAUAAUAAUAAAUAAAUAAUAAUAAUCGGUUUUAACCCAUGUGUUAUACUGAACGAAAGCUUUUCAAAACGGAAGCAACGUUGCCACGUAUCGACAGUCAUGCAUAUAAAACAUUGUAGAGAUACGUUUCUCACUGCUCCAAAAUGAACGCACGAGACAGCACAAAAAAGCAACGAACAGCACGUCACAGCACGCCACAGCACUUAUGUGGAAUCGGCCUAUCAGAGCAACCCCCCUGCGGGGCAGCCUCGACGGUCGUUCACUCGUCCGAUCUUUUCUAUGCCUAUGCUUAAUUGCUAAUUAGUUUUGCUGGCAUCAGUCAAUUUACCACGAUCGUAAGUAUAUAAGAUCGUGGUCCUGUCCCACUGAGUUCUUAGCCUGGUUUGAGCCCUCAUCUACUUCACAAUAUCAUACUUUGUCUUGAGAGUUCUGACUUGUAAAUACGUUAACUGUAAUGAUGAUACGUGUUCCGAAAAUUUUUAUUUCGCCCUUGAGAAACUUGGGCAGGCUAUUAGAUGCCAAUUUAAGAUGUCUUGCAACACAAACAGCAAAUAAAGCUGCCAAGGCAGAAAAAUUGAACAAUGGUAAUUCUAACGCAAAGGAAUCUCAAUCAUUUACUAUGAAUAUAUUUCGUGGUCAAUUGCAAACAAGCCAAGUUUUUCCAUUUCCUCAGGCUUUAAAUGAAGAGCAGGAAGAAACUCUAAAAAUGAUGAUUGAUCCUCUUGAAACAUUUUUUGAGGAAGUUAAUGAUCCAUUCAAGAAUGAUGAAAAUGCCUCAAUUGACAAAGAAACAAUGAAAGCUCUGUGGGAUCUUGGUGCUUUUGGUAUUCAAGUACCACAAGAACUUGGUGGUCUUGGUCUAAAUAAUACUCAAUAUGCUCGAUUGGUAGAAGUUGUUGGCUAUAACGAUUUAGGAGUUGGCAUUACCCUAGGAGCACAUCAAAGUAUUGGCUUCAAGGGAAUACUCUUAGUUGGAACUCCUGAGCAAAAAGCCAAGUAUCUUCCUAGAGUAUGCAAUGGUGAUAUGGCAGCAUUUUGUCUUACAGAGCCAAGCUGUGGUUCGGAUGCUGGUGCAGUUCGUUCUAAAGCUGUAAAAUCACCAGAUGGAUCUCACUAUAUUUUAAAUGGAAGUAAAAUAUGGAUAUCCAAUGGAGGAUUAGCUGAGAUCAUGACCGUGUUUGCUCAAGUACCAAUGAAAGAUCCCAUUACUGGUGAGACCAAAGAUAAGGUGACUGCAUUUAUUGUUGAAAGAGCAUUUGGUGGAGUUACAAAUGGUCCACCAGAAAAUAAAAUGGGAAUUAAAUGCAGCAACACAACAGAAGUUUAUUUUGAAGAUGUUAAAAUUCCAGCUGAAAAUGUGCUAGGAGGUGAAGGGCAAGGAUUUAAAGUUGCUAUGCAAAUUUUAAACAAUGGUAGAUUUGGUAUGGCAGCUGCUCUUUCUGGAACCAUGCAGUAUUGUACAAAAAAAGCUAUUGAGCAUGCUGUACAGCGAAUUCAAUUUAGCCGUACAAUAGAUAGUUAUGGAACUAUACAAGAAAAAUUAGCAAGAAUGUCAAUGCUCCAGUAUAUUACGCAAUCUAUGGCUUACAUGGUCUCUGGUAAUAUGGAUAAAGGAAGUCAAGAUUAUCACUUAGAAGCUGCAAUUUCAAAGGUCUUUGCAUCAGAAUCUGCUUGGUGGGUAUGCGAUGAAGCAAUUCAAGUUCUUGGAGGAAUGGGAUUUAUGAAAUCUACAGGUCUUGAAAGAGUACUUCGUGAUUUAAGAAUUUUUAGAAUUUUUGAAGGAACUAAUGACAUACUUCGACUGUUUGUUGCUUUGACUGGUAUUCAGUAUGCAGGAAGCCAUUUGAAAGAACUACAAAAUGCAUUCAGAAACCCUGCUGCAAAUUUAGGUUUAAUAGCCGAGGAAGUAUCAAAAAGAGCUACGCGAGUUAUAGGACUGAAUUCACUAAAUUUAACUCCAUUAGUACAUCCAAGCCUUACAGAUUCUGCUGCUUUAUGUUCUAAGAGUAUAGAAUCCUUUGGAUCUACAAUUGAAAAUGUUCUUGUAAAAUAUGGCAAAGGAAUUGUAGAGGAACAAUUUAUACUUAAUCGACUUGCACAAGCUGCAAUUGAUACUUACACAAUGACGGUUGUCCUAAGUCGAGCAAGUGCAUCUGCUACAAAAAAUACUCCCAGUGCUCAGCAUGAAGUUUUAAUGGCACAAGUGUGGUGUUCAGAGGCUUCUAGUCGUGUUGCUUAUAACUUAAAAGUUACUGGUGCUACUAAAAAUUUGGAUGUCUUUUCCAAAAUGAGUAAGAUUUCGCGAAACAUUUGCGAAGCUGGAGGAAUCGCUCACAAAAAUCCUCUAGGGAUUUGAAGACAAAUCUAGUUAAAUAUUUUCCGUCUACUAUUGUACUAAAUAAUUAAAAAUUAUGAAUGUACAUUGAACAUACAUCAAGUGCGAUAAAUUAUGAAAACUGACAGAAUGUUGUCACAGUAUUCUUCAUGAUUGACAUCAACUAUUUUUGAUACAAUUAUAUGAUUACUUCAAUUACAUGCUCAAAACGUGUAAGAAUAAGAAAAAAAGUAUAUCUAAUAUUUUUGUAAUAUUUUUAUGAUAGAUUUAUAAUUUUUUUACAAAUCGAACAAAAAUAUUCAAAUGUGUCUUAUUAUGGAAAUUGUUAUUUAAACGAAUAAAUCUGUAAAAAUGUUAACUUAGAGAAAUAAGAGCGCUAACAACAAUGCAAUGCAAUUUAUAUAAUGAAUACAGUUUUGUAAUUUAUAAGAAGUUUUUAAUUUAUUAAAGGGAACUAGAAUAAUAAACUGUACUGAAAAAGUUUAAAAAAAUGUUUUAAAGAAA